UAUAUCGGUAUCGUUUACUAGGUUCACGCGGUGAGAUAAGUCAGUGCGGUAACAACAUCUAGCGAGCGCGGAGUUGUCCCUAAGUUUUCCACUGUGAAUUUUAUCUAACGUGGUGAACGGAAGCCGGCCGAUGCGCACAUCUCGUUGCCGCAUCCCGUUUCACUCGGCCCUCCGCCAAUCGCCUCCGACCUCCGACCAAACGGACCUCUACACCUCGAUUCUCCCUCAGUCUUACUGUGGGCGGCGCGACGCACGCACGUACGCCACGGUCGCUCGGCAUCCGCUCGCGAGCUUUCGAAUUUUACCUGUGGAUUGUCAGUGACAUGUGUCUGUAAAAAAUACUAUCAAAUAUAAACAUUGUGGAUUUUUUUCUGGAUUAACACUGCCCUGUUUCGAGUUCCGGGAAAAUCACAUCAUAUCAUAUUCAAGUUAUUUCUUUUUGGAGUGCCGUGCUAAGCUCAAAGAUUUGAUCUUCGAAGUGGCUGUUCUGUAAAGAUACGAAACAGCUACGGAUUGGCAAGAACAUCGCAGAUAGCAAGGACUCGUGCUGAAGAAUAUGGACGAUAAAUCAUGCUCAAUGAGCGCUCGGAAAUGAAACAAAAAACGAGAAAGAAACUGUUCAAACAUAAACAAACUGAGGCGAAGUUAUAGCCAACACAUUCACCAAAGUCAUGUGAAGCUAAUGUUCAUUAGUGCAACUGUCAUAUCGAAGAAGCAUAUCUUGUGACAAUCGUAAAACACGAAGACAUAUCUCAUUAUUUAUGCUAGUCACCCUUUUGUGAUUAUAGAUAGUGUAAACAUUAUUGCUCAAAUUCUAUAAAGAAGAUUUUUUGAUUUAAACAUCCUAGAUUUUAAUGAAGAUAAGACUAAAAAUAUUCAAGUUUUGAAACAUGUAUUGAGCUAAUCAGAUAAACAUAGAACUUUAUCCAGUCUAUAUCUUGAUAUAAGUUGUGACUAGAAUGAAAUACUACAGCAUGUUUUUCCGAAGGCGGACGUUGAUACUAAAGGCUGUGCUCAUACUGACAGCGAUAUGGUUUAUGGUUGCCUUGUUGACCACUAAUGGCGGUUCAAGGAACGCGAUCGUAGCACCAGCGAUCGAAUACGAUGAUGCGGAGGCGAAACCCUUGAAAAUGGCGAAGCCUACAUCCACAAAAAGGAAGAGCGAGACUUAUGGCAAUAAUCUAUCAGAUGCACCAACGCGGGUCGAUUGGAUGGGUCGGCUUGCGGGAAAUGAAGGGUUAGGCGUGAUCGCUGCUCCUGGCUCGGACAACGCUCCCGGAGAACUUGGCAAACCAGUCGUUCUACCGAAGAAUAUAAGCGAUGACACGAAGCAAGCCGUCUCAGAGGGAUGGAAGAAGAACGCCUUCAACCAAUACGUUAGCGACCUGAUAUCGAUUAGGAGAAAGCUGCCGGACCCCAGGGACGAGUGGUGCAAAGUGCCAGGCAGGUACCUAAAAGACCUACCGCAGACGUCCGUCGUGAUUUGUUUCCACAACGAAGCGUGGUCGGUGCUACUUAGGACCGUUCACUCGGUGCUGGAUCGAUCGCCAGCGCACUUGAUCAAGGAAAUCAUUCUGGUUGAUGACUUUUCUGAUAUGCCUCACCUAAUGCAGCAGCUAGAUGACUACAUGUCAUCAUUACCAAAAGUUAGGAUAGUCAGAGCCACACGACGAGAGGGCCUCAUCAGAGCGCGUCUACUUGGAGCCCGAUACGUCACUGCACCCGUUCUUACCUAUCUCGACAGCCAUUGCGAGUGCACUGAAGGAUGGCUCGAACCAUUACUAGAUAGAAUUGCACGUAGCAAGAGUACGGUCGUGUGCCCCGUAAUUGACGUCAUCGACGACAAUACCCUCGAGUAUCAUUAUAGAGACUCAUCUUCAGUCAAUGUUGGUGGUUUCGACUGGAAUCUCCAGUUCAAUUGGCACCCUGUUCCUGCGAAGGAGCGAGCGAGACACCAACAUACUGCGGAGCCUGUCUGGUCUCCGACUAUGGCUGGUGGUCUAUUUGCUAUAGACAAGGAAUUCUUUGAACGACUGGGGACUUACGAUAGCGGUUUCGACAUUUGGGGCGGUGAAAAUCUAGAGCUGUCAUUCAAAACAUGGAUGUGCGGUGGAACUCUAGAAAUAGUUCCGUGUUCGCACGUCGGUCACAUAUUCAGGAAACGUUCACCGUACAAGUGGCGGACCGGUGUCAAUGUACUCAAGAGAAAUUCUGUGCGAUUAGCUGAGGUGUGGUUGGACGAUUAUGCGAAGUACUACUAUCAGCGAGUUGGUAACGAUAAAGGUGAUUUCGGGGACAUUACCGGCCGUAAAGCUUUAAGAGAAAAGUUAGGUUGCAAAUCAUUCGAGUGGUAUUUGAAGAACAUUUACCCCGAACUGUUUAUUCCUGGAGAAUCCGUUGCUCACGGCGAGAUCGCGAACCCUGGGUCGGAAAUGUGCCUCGACUCGGCAGCCGGCCCCGAAGAUAUGAAGAAACCUGUCAACGUUUGGCCAUGCCACGGGGAAUACGGAAAUCAGUACUGGAUGUACUCGAAGAACGGCGAGAUUCGACGUGACGAGACGUGCCUGGACUACUCUGGACACGAUGUGGUGUUGUACCCCUGUCACGGAGCCAAGGGCAACCAGCUGUGGCUCUAUGACGCCCAUACGAAGUUACUGAAGCAUGGUUCAAGUGAAAAAUGCAUGGCAAUAUCAAGGAGUAAAGACAAAAUAGUCAUGGAGACGUGUAACGAGUCUGAGGCCAGACAAAUGUGGAAUAUGGAGAACUUUAACGCUGAGAGAUUAGCCCCCGAGCUGGUAAUGGCAGAGUAGCCGGAGGCGUACCUUGAAGUGCUGUUCAUUUAAAACGGCAAUGACAAUAUAACUAAUAUUGUGACUGUGACUUAGUGUUAAUUUAAAUGGUUCACUUGUUGUCUGAUGCAAUGAAUGCUUGUAGUUAAACGUGUAUUUUAUUGUAUAGUGGGAUACUACGAGCUGUUUAUCGGUAGACGAUAAGGCUUCAUGUAAACAGGCUUGUUGUACAUUUUCUAUUGCUGAUAAAAUAUGAACCCCGUCGAACUUGGCCUACUGACGACUGAUGUGUUUGAUUUUAGUUUCGCUUGAAUGCCAUUUGUUUAGUUCCUACAGAUUCUGUGCGAAAUGUUCGGGACAAGAGAAUUUGUGGACGGUUAAAUUUUUGCGUUUGUCUACAACUGUUUUAUCGUUGGUGCUUGCCUAUGUUUGUUUUAUCGCGAGACACCUUUAUUUAUUAUUUCUAAAAUUGUUAUUAAUCUUGCUGUUGUUGAGAACCGACAUUUUAUUUAUGUUUAAAAUUUUAUUUUCUUUAUGCAACUGUUAUACUUACUAUUUAAUGGGAAACUUAUCUAAAUUAUACAUAUCUUUAUAUAUAAAAACGUUUUAUCGAUAUUUUCAACUAGGAUGAAUGUUUAUUGCCGUCUUUUUAUAAAUUUAAAAGUGUUUUAUGUAAAAAUAAUGUUGUAAUAGUAUUCUUUAUCGAGUAUUAACUAACUGGUUAGAUUUUAGUAUACACUUGAACUGUACAUAUCUUUGAUAUCAGUAUGCUUCAAUAUAUUUAUUACUAUUACUUAAAUUACAAAAUGGAAAGAAAGAAAGAAAGAAAGAAAGAAAGAAAAACCAUUUAUUUUGGACGACCUAAGGAAUAAGUCAGUGACUGAAAUAUGGAAUGAAAGUCAGAAAGAACCCUUUUAUGAACGCCUAUACGUCAUAUAUCAGACCUAAUGCUGGCACUUAGCGUAUUUGUUGAAAUAUUGGCUAUGAUUAGCCAUUACAAAAUGUGCUUUAUGGCUAUAGCAAUAACGUUUAUUCUUCAUCAAGUGAAUAUAUCAAAUAUUCACACGAAUGCCAAGUUAAGUGCUACCAUGACGUUUCAUGAUAUUUACAUAUUCACAUAAAAUUCUAAUGAUAUAAUUAUGUCUCCUCCAUGAAAUAUGAAAAUCAUUGCAUUAGCACAUCAAUUAUGACGUAAACGUAAUAUGUGUUAUUUUACAAAAGAAGAUAAACACAUUUUUGAGAAGUGCUAAAGAAAAUUUUGUUUUAUUUUUUUAUACACCUAUCAAAAUUCUGUUUUUUUUUUUUUUGUAAUGUCACCAAUUUUUUUUAAUUCAAGGUCAACAAUGAUACAUAAAGGGUGUUUUCAAAUAUAUCAAAAUUUAUCUUAAGUUGUUCGUGAAUUACAUAAUUGUGAUUUAUCUAAAAAUACAUUUCAAUAGUCGUAUUGACUUACGUCGUAGAUUGUAUAAAUUUUAGUGAAAUUGUAAAAUAAUAAAUGAUAGAUUUCUAAAAGUAUGUUAUUCAAUAAGAAAAUAUUUUUGUACUCAUAAGUUACUGAGCGAAUUUAUUUUUUAGUCACAAUGUACUGUUUUCAGUUUUUCGAAGGUGACCGAUUAAUUUUUGAAGUUUUUCGUAAAAUAAUAGAAAAUUUAAUUUGAAUGAGAUCACAUAGAUUUUUAUGGAACUUUUAUAAGUAAAAGUACAUUGACAUUAUUAUUAAGCUAAUAUUCAAGAUAACUUUUUUAAAAUCUAAACAUUCCUGGCGCAUUUUAUUAACUGCAAAAAUUACUUUACUGUGUCUUUAUUACAAAAUAUAACAUUCCUCUUUGUGAUCGAACACAAAAAUAUAAUUAAUAUACCCUUAAAUAUUCCCUAACAGUUUAAAGAAAUUAUUAGGUAGUGUAUUAUUAAUUUAGACCUUCUAUUAUUAACUCCACAUUUUAGACUAUGAGCCAGUAUUUUUUAUUUUUCUUCUAGAGCAUAAAAUUCAUAGACAUGACACGAUACUGCCAGAUUAGUCUUCCUAGGUGUUUGUGCUUAAUUUAGUCACUUUCCUCUGUCUAAUCAUUUCAUAUUAACAUACGCCGUUACGAAGCCUUACAAUGAUCCUGUUUAGGUGUGAGAAAGGGAUUGUAUAUAUAUCUUGUAUAGCUUUGUCUUUCUGUAACACGAACGCCCGAGUACACGGACAACAAAAACUUCCCGUUUUUCUUAAAACGACUGUUAACUUUGAUAAUUGAACGAGAAAUUUCAUGGUAAACAGUUUUUUUUUAAAGAAAAUUUACGUUUUUGUUGUCGGUGCACUUGGGCUUUAGUUUCGAUCUCUGUAAGGACUCAUAACGGCCCCAGCAUAGGACUACGUAAAUAUUUGACUGAAUAUAAUUUGUGAAUAUCGUCGAUCGUGUAGAAAUAAAAUUAUUUCCGAUAUAUAUCGGAGAUCAUUUUAUUUAUAGCUAGCUUUUACGACUAAAAUAGGAACGAUGAGAAAUUAAAUUAGACUUUAUUAACAAUUGUUUGUUAAUCUGCAAUUGAUGCUGUCAAUGUGUUAUUAUAAUAUUUCAAUUAGAGAAUUGAUUUUAAUUGUAAACUUUUGUUUAAUUCUACAUUUAAUUUAUUAUCACGUGAUAUCACACGGUAACUUUUAAUUCUGUAUAGAAUUUCGUUAGCUAUGAAAACUGUCACAAUUAUUUAAGACUAUUUUAGAAAAUAAUUUGACAUUAAAAUGUUUAAUAUUUUUUGAGGAAGAGAUUGUUUUAGUUGAAGUUUUAUUCCGUGAUUUGAAUGUAAAUAGCUUCUUAUAGUUGAGGAGUAUCUAAACGCGGUUAUUUUUAUUGUGAGAGGUGUGAAGUUAAUUUUAUUUUUCAAAUUAGUGUAGCGAUAUUUUAUGAUGUAUGUACAUUUAUUGAACUUAGUGUACCUUAUUUUAGUAGUUUUCUUUAUUGAUUUUGCUUCUCAAUGUAAAAAGCAAAAAGGGAAUUUAUUUCUAUGGAGCAAAAGAAAAAUGCGCUAUUAACUUCACACCCUGUAUGUAAAAAUAAAACCGUGCAUUCACAAUUGUAUAGUUAGUAAAUUAUUAGAAAUAUAACUAAAUAGAUUAUGUAAUAAGAUGUUUUAAUGUGCCUUAUAACUUUACAUAAUUAUUGAAUGUUGAAAUUUCUGUAUAUAAUGCGGUGUCUCCAAAUGUAAUUAUACUAGGUAUGUACUAUAGCGUAACAUUUAGAUGGCGAUUACAUAGUAUUUGUAAAAUAAAGCAUUAUGUUGGAUUUGUA